AAAAAGAAACAAGGAAGUGGAGGUGUCAGGUUUCUUGUACCGCUCAAAACAUCAUGGAGUUUGCUGAGCUGAUCAAAACCCCCCGUGUGGAUGGGGUGGUCCUCCACCGACCCUUCAUGCCCACUGUGGAGGGAACUCUGUGUCUGACAGGACAUCACCUCAUCUUGUCUUCUCGCCAGGACAACACUGAGGAGCUCUGGCUGCUUCAUGCUAACAUUGACUCCAUUGAGAAAAGGUUUGUCGGAUCACUGGGAACUAUUAUUGUAAAGUGUAAAGACCUGCGGGUGAUUCAGCUGGACAUACCUGGCAUGGAGGAGUGUCUCAAUAUUGCCAGCUCAAUUGAGGCUCUCUCCACGCUGGACUCAGUGUCCCUGAUGUAUCCGUUCUUCUACCGUCCUCUGUUUGAGGUCAUUGAGGAUGGAUGGCAGUUGUUUGUACCAGAGGAGGCUUUCAAAGACCUGGAGUCUAUGACAGAUGAAUGGAGACUGAGUGAGGUAAAUAAAGACUUCAGUGUGUGCCCCUCGUACCCGUCCCUACUGACCGUGCCCAAAGACAUUGAUGAUGAAAGCCUCUGCAAAGCUGCUUCCUUUCGCCACGGUGGUCGUUUCCCUGUGCUCAGUUACUACCACAAGAAAAACGGCAUGGUGAUGAUGCGAGCAGCGCAGCCACUAACAGGAACCAAUGGACGCCGCUGCAAAGAGGACGAGAAACUGAUCAAUGCCACGCUUUGUGCAGGGAAGCGAGGUUACAUCAUCGACACACGGACUAUAGCUGUAGCGCAGCAGGCUAAAGCUCGCGGAGGAGGAUUUGAACAGGAAGCCAACUACCCUCAGUGGAGGAGGAUCCAUAAAGCAAUUGAGAGGUGUGCCGGUCACCCGUUCCAGCAGCGCUGUGCACAGUCUGCAUACUCAAACGGGAAGCCCCGAAGUGAAGCGCCCGUGUUCCUGCUCUUCCUGGAAUGUGUGUGGCAGAUCCUGCGGCAGUUCCCCUGCUCCUUCCAGUUCAACGAGAACUUCCUGAUCAUGCUCUUCGAGCACGCCUAUGCCUCACAGUUUAGCACUUUCCUCGGAAACAGCGUGGCCGAGAGGGUGAAGCUGCUGCUGUCUCAGAAAACUGUUUCUUUGUGGUCGUGGGUGAACAGACCUCAGGAGCUGGAGCGAUUUCUCAACCCGCUGUACGAGCCCAAUAACCUGGUCAUCUGGCCGUCUGUGGCUCCUCAGAGCCUGCUGCUGUGGGAGGGGGUAUUCCUUCGCUGGAAUCGCUCCACAAAGUGUUUGGAUGAGGCUUAUCAGGAGAUGGCCCAUAUUAUAGAGUACAACAAGGAGCUGCAGAACAAAGUGAACAGCCUGCGCAGACAGCUGGCCCAGCUCGAGACGGAGGACAGCCCACUGCAGACACCGUAGGACGUCAACAGAAUGGUACACUUCUGAUUUGUCAUCUCUGUCUUACUGAAAUAAGCCUCACGCACAUAUAUCUACACUCCUCUGAUCAUACUCUUUCUUUCUGACUCCAUUGGUCUCCAAUGGAUUCUACACUCUGCUGCUCUAUUAAUAUGUCAUUUUAGUUUUCUUCCUUAAACACUAUGCUGCACUUGUCCUUAUUAUGACGUGUUUCAUUUAAAACACCGUAAACUGAUUAGCAGGUUAUGAUAUGGAUGCUAUUUCACUAUAAAUUGUACAUUGGUGUUUUAGUUUACAUAUUCUCAAAGAAAAGGGACUGCUGACGUGCCUUUUUUUUCAUUUUAAGUCCUGUGCCAUGAAGUGCAAUAGAAAAUACAAUUCUAAAAUGAAAAGGGAAAAUAUUGGACUGACUAUUAGAUGCUGGAAAUUCAUCAUUUGAAUAUAACACAGGUGGUUUACAUAGUCUUACAUGAUCCCUAACUCCUUCCAAAGAGAGACACUGAUCACAUGAUUAAAGAGAUAAUUCACCCAAAAAUGAAAAUUUGUUAAAG